CGGGGUGGCGGCGCUCGAGCGAGCGGCCGGCGUCGGCUGUGACGCCUGCGUGUCCAGCUUUGAGGAGACACAGCGCGUUCCGGCCGUGACGACGGUCGCCUGUUCCCUAGAGAAGCUGAGGAGACUCGGGUGAAGGAAUUGGCUGACCGGGACUUCACCACGCCGUCCCGCGGAACGCGCGUCUCGGCAGCGCGGUCCGGUGCGCCGGGGCCGAGCUCGGCGUGUCCGCAGCCUGGUUGCUGUGCCCAUCCGGUCCCCGGUCCCACCCAGCGCGGGUGCCGCCUCUGACGCCAGGCGCGAGCCCCACGGGACACUGGCUGAGAUGUUGAACCAUACAGACUUUUGACUGGCGUUGAGUAUGUUGUUGGAAGGAAAAACUGUGGCAUUCUAAUAGAAAAUGAUCAGUCAAUUAGUCGAAAUCAUGCUGUGUUAACUGCUAACUUUUCUGUAACCAACCUGAGUCAAAUAGAUGAAAUUCCUGUAUUGACAAUAAAAGAUAAUUCUAAAUAUGGAACCUUUGUUAAUGAGGAAAAAAUGCAAAAUGACCUUUCCUGUACUUUGAAGCCAGGAGAUAGAAUUACAUUUGGAGUGUAUGAAAGUAAAUUCAGAGUAGAGUAUGAGCGCUUGGUUGCAUGCUCUUCUUGUUUGGAUGUCUCUGGGAAGAUGGCUUUAAACCAAGCUAUAUUGAACCUUGGAGGACUCACUGCAAACAAUUGGACAGAAGAAUGCACUCACCUUGUCAUGAAAUCAGUUAAAGUUACCAUUAAAACAAUAUGUGCGCUCAUUUGUGGACGUCCAAUUGUAAAGCCAGAAUAUUUUACUGAAUUUCUUAAAGCAGUUCAGUCCAAGGAACAGCUUCCACAAAUCGAAAGUUUUUACCCCCCUAUUGAUGAGCCAGCUAUUGGAAGUAAUAAUAUUGACCUGUCAGGACGACAGGAGAGAAAACAAAUCUUCAAAGGGAAAACCUUUGUAUUUCUGGAUGCCAGACAGCAUAAGAAGUUGAGUUCGGCCGUCGUUUUCGGAGGAGGGGAUGCCAGGUUGGUAACGGAGGACAGCGGAGAAGACGACGGCUUCUUCUCAGCGCCUGGGACCUGUGUGGUUGACGUCGGCGGCGCAGGGCCAGGGUCCCAGACCUCGGCUUCUGACGCUCAGCGGGCCCGCGCUCACGCCAUCCUGGGGCUGCUGCACAGGCAGGGUCUUAGACCUAUUCCUGAAGCAGAAAUUGGAUUGGCAGUUGUUUUCAUGACUACAGAGAACUACUGUGAUCCUCGAGGCCAACCCAGUUUAGGAUCGAAGGCGCCGACUGCAGGGCCAGGCCUUGCCCAGGACUUGUCAGUCAAAGAAAAACUAAUGCCAGGUGCCCCAGCGAACAAGAUGACGUGCGCAGCCCACACGGAGUCAGAGCAAGCAGACACACGUGUGGAUUUGAGUGAAAGGCCAAAGGAAAUGCAAAUCUCCGGAGUGGAACAGAAAUUCAGAAUGCCUUCACGAGAAACAUCCACUGUGAAGGAACCCACCAAAAUAAAUUCUGAUAAUAGCGCUGUCACAUCAGGUGCUGUGGCGAGGACGAACACCCCAGCCUGCCAGCUGUCCCCCACCCAGCCCUCGGGGGGCAGCAGGAGGGCUCAGGCUUCCUGGCGGCUGCAGCCCAACUCCAUCAGGAACUACUUCCAGCCGUCCGCCAAGAAAAGGGAAAGGGAUGAAGAAAAUCAAGAAAUCUCAUCUAAAUCAGCAAGAAUAGAAAUGUCUUGUUCUCUUUUAGAAGAAACACAACCCGCUACACCCUCAAUGUGGAAAAAUAACGAGCAGCCUCUGCCUCACAAUGAGCCUGUGGGGAAGAAACCAGAUCACCUAUUUACGGAUAGAGACUUAAAACCCACUGUGAAAAAUUCUGCCAAUAAAUCUCUUUCUACAGAAAAACUGAAGUCAGAAAAAAGGACCAUCGAUGACUUAGCCAUAGAAGAUGAAGUAUUGGAACAGUUAUUCAAGGACACAAAACCAGAGCUGGAAAUCGAAGUGAAAGCUCAGAAGCAAGAGGAAGAUGGUAACGUUAGAAAAAGGCCGCGGCUGGACGUGGAGACAAAUGGCUCCUUUAAUGAUGAGAGAAUAUCAGAAUGUAACAGAGUAUCUCAAGAAAAUGAAAUUGGGAAGAAAUGUGAGCUCAAGAAAGAAUUACUGUGGUCAACUAAAGAAGAACCAUCUAGCAGUGACGGGCUCCCGGAGGACGGCGAGCUGCUUCCAGCAAGGGUGUUGCUGACUGAGUUCAGAUCGCUGGUGGUUGGUGACUCCGCCUCCAGGAGUGCAGCUGGUGUAAGUGGCGACUACGGGCAGACGAAGAAUUUCAAGAAAUUCAGAAAGGUCGCAUUUCCUGGGGCUGGAAAGCUCCCCCAGAUCAUCGGAGGGUCGGAUCUCAUAGCUCACCAUGCUCGGAAGAACACGGAAUUGGAAGAGUGGCUAAGGCAGGAGCUGGAGGUGCAAAAUCAACAAGCAAAAGAAGAGUCUCUCGCUGAUGACCUCUUUAGAUACAAUCCUAACAUGAAAAGGAGAAGAUAAUUGAGCAUUUUAUAAGGAAGCCACAGGAAAACAUUUUCUAUCAAGCAUUUACUUCCUUUUUUCCUCUGGGAUACAUGCAUAUAGUAUAUAGAGUGAACUUAAGUUACAAAUAUGCCAUGGCCUGAAUUUGUUAAAUAAAAUACACAAAACUCCA